AUGAGCGACAGCGAGGGAAACGACAGCUUCAGCUCGGCCCUGGAAGCCCCUUCGGUGAACAUACGCUUUCCCCUCGCAAAGGCGGAGAAGGAAAGUCUGGAAAACAAAUUGGAUCGCAUUGUUUGGAUCCAGCAGACGGACUCCAAAUACCACAAGGCUCUGGAGGACAUGCGGGAUCAGACGAGCAUAUCGCUGCUGGUGGAGCCCAGCUUCUAUGGGCGCCACCAGGCCACCUCCGUUUUGGCGGUGGCCACGGCCAACGAGACGUACAUCUUCGACAUCAAGGCGCUGGGCCGCAUCUUUCCGGAGCUGGGAAAGAUUCUCGAGGCGGAGCAGCCACGCAAGGUGGUGCACUACAGCCACCGGAUCGCCGAUCACCUGCACCACCAGCAUGGCCUGCGAUUGGGCGGCAUUUGCGACUCCUUUGUGGCUUUGUGUGUGGCGCGCCAGGAGCGAACGCCGUGCUCCCUGCCGGAGGCCAUAUCCCUGGUCUUCGGGCUGCCGCUGGAGGAUCUGCUGUGCGAGGAGGUGAUCGGGGCCAGCGAGUCGCGCCGGAACUUCACCAACCGCCCGCUGAGCCGCAGCCAACUGAGGUACUUGGCCAAGAUGGUCCAGCUGCAGCACCUGAUGCACGAUCGCCUGAUCUUCGACAGCAUUUGCUCCGAGGUGCAGCGCAUGUCGCUGGAGUUCAGCCACAACUACGCGGGCUACCGGUCCUGCGAUGUGGCCAUUAAUAUGCAUCCCAGCAGCCGCUUUGGCUUCCAUCUCAUCGAUCCCAGCUACAAGAGGAGCGACGAGGGAAUCAUGCUGCCCACGCCCGAGGAGAUCGACCGCCAGGAGCUGGAGCACAAGAAGAGUCGCAAGUGAAGGGGAUCCCGGCGAUAUAUGUGCCUUCACACAACAAAAAAACUUGGUAAAUUACCCAAUAUAGUUGUCAAACAGUCAACAACCACAAAAAUUGUCAAUUCUACCAAUCAAAUAGUUACUUUACCAACAACAAAUACACACAAUUAAUAGGUAGAAUUGAUCAUUUUUGUGGUUGGGUACUGUUUGACAAUUAUAUUGAUUAAUCUUACCAAGUUUUUUAUUUUUGUGUGUUAUAGAAAUAAUACUUCCAUCCGUUUGCAUGCUGGCCAGGCAUUCGCAUGAACUGCUAAUUUAUUAAGCUAGGCUGUUUUAUGAUGUACAAGUAGAUCAUCGAAAAUAUAAUAUGAAUAACUCACUAACUGAAACCAUAAUACCUUCUGCAAGGAUGCAGACGUCUAAUCUAAGAAUAGGUUUUAUAAAAUAACCAUUAAUCACUAUUUUUGAGUUUUAUUUUAUUCGAUAUUAAUAAAUCAUAUUUUGAGAUUUUUAAAAG